AUGAGUGCCGUCCUGAAAAUUGCAUCCUUUUCGUUCAUCCUAAUGCUGGUGGAAGCUGAGCUACCGAAACCGUUCGUUUGUGUUACGCAGAUGGAAAUUAACAGCACGGAAGGUGCGUUGAAAAAUGCGCUUUUCUGUGGUACCGGUUACAACCCGCGCUACCGGCCGGUGAAGUAUCAGCAGGAUCGUUUAGCCAUGUACAUUGGAGCAGAAGUGAGAAAUGUGGAAAAGGUUCGUGAGGAUGAUGCAAAGCUGGAAGUGACCCUUGAGCUGCUGAUGCAAUGGUACGACGCAUUUCUACACUGGAACAAGCGAACCAGUGGAAACAUAGAAACUAUCAACGUAUCGGAGCAUGACCUCUGGACACCAACGUUUGCGGCUAAAUCCUUUCAAAAAACACCACGCAUCCAAAGCACGAAACAGUGCUCCCGAGUUAAGAGCCAUCUUAGCUACGACGGGGAAGUGAUCUACACCCUGCUAUGCACAUUCACCGUCGACUGCUACAAAGAAGCGCGGUAUUGGGCUUUUGACACAAAAAUUUGCACCCUGCGCAUUUUCUCCCUCGAGUACGACACGAACCAGCUGUCGUUGUUUCAUUUUCAACGCCGCUUGUCUUACCCCAGCUAUCCGUUGCUGCCAUACAAGAUCACCUCCUUCCAGAUGGCCACCGUAAACAGCACCAUGAGUCCCGAGUUUCGGAUGGACAUUGUCAUCGAAAGGCUUAUAGGAUCACAUUUGGUGGUGUUUCUGGUGUUGAUCGUCAUAUUCUGCUUACUGAACCUUUUAAGUCUGUGGCUGGAAAUUGGCUCAAGCGCACGAUCGAUAAUGGUCAUUUUGAGCAUCGUGAUGCAGAGUCUCUACAUGAUCAUACUGUACUGGUACGGGCUAGUGAAGAUGGAACCGGCGCUUGGUUUGGCGCACCUGUUGCUGGGUACGGUUUGUUUCGGGAGCAUCGCGUUCGGAUGGACAUACUACGCCCGCGGCCAGAUACGACCUACCAACAGAUUUGCACAAUGUCCCCGCUCGGUAGCACAAUUUGUCGGAUUUCUGAUGAAAAAUCGACCCUUAUCAUCGUAUCUCUCUAUCGGAUAUCUCAAUGAGAGCAGCAAAAAGGACACGUUGAGAGAGUGGGAAAAUGCUCAAAUGGCCACCGACACGGAACGGCAACACGACGAAGACACGGAUACUGCCGCGAACGAUGAGAUCGAAGUGAAUUGGAAACAAGUAGCACAACCACUCGAUCGUAUACUGUUCUGCAUCAUGCUCACUGCCUACGUACUGAUGUUCGUCAUCUAUAUAUUCUAAUGGGGUGAAUUGGUGAUGUUCUUUUCGGAACAUGUUUUACACACAAUCAAAAUAAAUGCGAUUUAAGAAGAUUGUAUCUAAUUCACAAAAGCUAGCAAAUUAAGUUGGCACCACCU